AUGAACUUCAAAGACCUGUACUUGUUCGUGGGCCCGCCCAUGACGCGCGGUCCUCCGCCGCUACCUCUACUGCCGUCGCUGCUCCCCCCGCCUCCAGUAUCACUGCUCUCUUCGCACCCUGUACCAUCGCUCCCCCCCGGACUGCCGCGGCCAUUGGGGCCCAAGCGAAUAAAAAAGCAGCGUCAGCGUCUAAAGCCUGCCCACCGCCUCAAGCCAAGCCAGCGCCAUAUGAACCAUCAAGUCCGGCCUCAAGCAACGUCGCUAUCAGAUCCUUUCAAAGACACGGAGCCCGCUUCGCGUGAGGUGCAACUGGUCGUGUCGGAGCUAGAGCUAGAAUGCCGGACCACUCUGAAAGACUGGCUGGGGAGCGCGACGACGGCAGACACCAAUGCGCUCGAUCCCGAGGCAAUGUGGACAACAGUGUUCGACAUGGGUCCACAAUUUCUGGCGCUCGACCCCAUAGGAGGCGGUCACUUCUAG